UAUUGGCUAUUUGCAAUUACAUAAGAUGAGAUACAGAGUCCAUGCUAGUUAAACGCACAGGCAUCUGUGGACCUGCCUUCUUUCUGUCCAAAGUACUACCUAUUGCACGGCACGGACAGCAUAUCAUUAUCUUCAAAUGCAGGCAGCGCCGUCCAGUGCCCUCAGUGCCCUUGCUGACCCCCCUGCUCGAAUGGUCGAUGGUGUAGCCAUGGACUACUUAUUGAUCGAAGCUGUGAAUGCCCUUCGUGUUUCAUCCACAGUCGCUUCUGCUAGGGCAAGAAAAAUCGAGCGUGAUAUGGUUGAAGCUGGGUUGGCUCCGCCGCCACCACCACCCGCCAAACAACAGAAUCCAAGAGACAGUGCCAGUAGCGCGUCAGGUAAGAUAUUAGGGCCUGUGGAUGAAGAAGAAGAAGGCGUGAGGUCCAGGCUGGAAGCUAUUGGCAUGCACGUUGGGGGUAAUUUUGCGGAGAGGCUUUGCCGUGAUCGCCCAUUAUUCAGCGACUCCCUGGACGUUAUCAAGUUUGUUUGCAAGGAUCUUUGGGCCUCUUGCUGGGACAAACAAGUCGACAACUUGCGCACGAAUCACAGAGGAGUCUAUGUUCUCCAAGAUAAUGCCUUUAAGCCAAUUGUUCGAAUUUCGUCAUGGGAGGGUCGCCAAGAAGCCCUCAAGCGAGCCAAACUGUAUGUCGCACUUCCUGCUGGGAUUAUUCGGGGUGCAUUGUCUCGAAUCGGUUUUCAAGGGACGGUGGUUCCUGAAAUCACGACUCUACCCCAGUGCACCUUCCAGAUCAAGCUACCAAAAAACAUAUGAAGCUAUAGCACUAUCUCAGCCUUGACACGAUAGAUCAUGCUAGCCCAAGUUGCAAAGUGGCUGCUAAACUUGAAUCCCCCGGCUGAAAGCUCAGUUGAACCGUUGAUGGUGUCGGGGUCAUAGAGCGGUGAAAUGGACAACCAAGUAGGCAGCAUGGUUCAAUGGAAGAUUCAGGCCUUGCGGGUUCCCCGAAUCACUUGUCUCGAUUUUCCGGCUACAUACUCCUGCCCACAUUGCUCUCUUUGUAGUGGAUUUAUUUGUUCACGGGCGAGAACAUCUGAAGUUGGUUAUCCACGUCAAGAUUCUUGUUACAAUUGCAAGCAUGAAUCAGAAUCAGAAAGAUUAUUGUCACAAUUACAGAU